CUAAAUUCUCGGGUGGCCACCGACGUGAGGUAAUCGAACCGGACUCCCCAGGCCAUUAGAAGUGUUCCGAUCAUCGAACCACCAGCAUCCGAUGUGGGUUCAUAGCUCAUACCUCCCCAAAGCUUCUGAGAAGCUUCCCCCCCCCUCAAUUGAGCUUCACGAAGCCUUCCAAGCGGCAUGUGAACGACGGCCACAAACACUGAAAACCACUCUAGUAUGAAGGCCCUUCGAGCUCUCCCCGGGGCACCUGCCCGCCGCGCCCUGCCCGCCAUCUGCGCCGCCUGCUCCUUGACCACAUCCUCCUCUCCAACGGCCGCCCGUCCGUUCUCCGUCCUCAACCGCCCGCCGCCCAACUACCCCGGCCAUGUACCCCUCACCAAGAUCGAGCGCGCCGGCCUCGCCCUCGGCGCGGGCAUCUGGUCCCUCCUGAGCCCCUACCGCGCCGACCUUAUCGCCGCUGUCGGCGAGGCGACCGCGACGCCGUACUUUAUCUACCGCCUGCGCGACGCCAUGCUUGCGGACCCGACCGGCCGCCGCAUCCUCCGCGACCGGCCGCGCAUAACGUCUACCUCCCUCGACCUCGACCGCCUGCGCCGGAUGCCAGAGAACAGCGUCGGGCGGGCCUACGUCGGCUGGCUUGAUGCCGAGGGCGUAAGCCCGGACACACGGCCCGCCGUGCGAUACAUUGACGACCCGGAGUGUGCGUACGUCAUGCAGCGGUACCGCGAGUGCCACGACUUCUACCACGCGCUCACGGGCCUGCCGAUCGUGCGGGAGGGCGAGGUGGCCCUCAAGGCGUUCGAGUUCGCCAACACGCUGAUCCCGAUGACGGGGUUCGCGGUGCUGAGCUACGCGACGAUGAAGAAGGGCGAGAGGAAGAGAUUCCGCGACAUCUAUGGCCCCUGGGCGCUCAAGAAUGGGAUGAAGGCCAAGGAUGUGAUCAAUGUCUACUGGGAGGAGCAGCUGGAGAGAGACGUGGGCGAGCUGAGGACCGAGCUGGGCAUCGAGAGGCCGCCCAACAUGCGGGCCAUCCGGAAAAGGGAGAGAGAGGAGAGGAUGAGGGCGCAGGAUGCUAUGAAGGGAAUGUAGGCUGGGCGCCAGAGAAAAUUU